AUGGGACGAUGGCGAGGACGUCUCUACGCUACCGACAGAGCGCGAGAUUUUGAUCAUGAGCGUGAUCGACACGUUCGGGUUCGACAAAUCUACGAGACCAUCGACCGACAAGGCUUCCAGUGGGUAGUUGUUCUCGUUGCAGGAGUGGGAUUUCUGCUCGAUGGAUUCUCAUUGUUCGCCGGCAAUGUCGCCCUUCCUAUGAUUGCGUAUGUCUACUGGCACGACGAGGUCUCGUCCUUUCGGUUGACAUGCAUCAACAUCGCCACGCUUGCUGGGACCUUACUUGGUCAAGUCGCCUUCGGAUAUCUAGGGGACAGAAAUGGACGAAAGAAGAUGUAUGGUAUCGAACUGGUACUCCUGAUCGGGUCCACUUUGGGAGUUGUCAUGAGCUCGAGAGGGUACAACGGGAGCAUGAGCAUCUACUCUUGGUUGAUAUGGUGGAGGGUCAUGGUUGGGAUCGGUGUGGGAGCAGAUUAUCCUCUCAGCGCCGUCAUUACAGCAGAGUUUGCUCCCACGAGACACCGGGCACGUAUGAUGGCCACCGUCUUCUUCAUGCAACCUCUAGGUCAGAUUGCCGGCAACCUCAUCUCUCUCAUCGUCGUCGUCAUCUCCAGGAGCUCCAACGCCGAGGACACCGCACGCAGUGUCGAUCAGAUGUGGCGGUGGAUCAUCGGUCUCGGUGUGGUUCCUGGCGUGGUUGCCUUGCUGUUUCGAUUCGCCAUCCCUGAAACUCCCCGGUUUCUCCUCGACAUCGAAGAUGACCCGGUCAAGGCCGAGUUCGACGCGACGCAGCUGUUUGGCGAGACGACCUUGGACAACGAGAUGGAAUCGAACAACGCGUGGUGUGACUCGAUCGAGGGAUCGAACUUGUCGUCGCACCGCUCCGUCGACGAGCGGCACUACGAAGGGGCGGCACCGUCGUGGACCGUCGCACAGGCCCCUCGGACCACGCUCAACUCUUCGUGGCACCUGUCCAAGGCCGACAUCAAGCAGUACUUCUGGGUCGAGGGCAACUGGAAGACCCUGGCCGCCACCGCCAUGUGUUGGCUCCUCCUCGACUUUGGGUACUACGGCAUAGGGCUGUCGAGCCCUCAGUUCCUGGCCAAGAUCUGGGGUUCCUUGGACAUCGGCGGACCCAGGCCGACCUGGCAGACCAAGGACAGUCCCGACGCCGACAUUUACGACAUGUUCCUGGACGGCUCGGUGCACGCCUUGGUGAUUCUCAACGUCGGGAGUUUCGUGGGAGGACUGUUGAUGAUCGCGACCGCCGGUCGUCUGAACCGGGUCAGCCUACAAAAGUAUGGGUUCUUGGCCCUGGCGGCACUCUUCAUCACCUUGGGUACCAUCUUCAUCACGAUCCACCAAGAAGGGGCUCUGGCCAUCACGCUGUAUGUCAUUGGGCAAAUCGCCUUUAAUUUUGGUCCCAACUCGACCACGUACAUCAUCCCCGCCGAGCUGUUCCCGACGAGGUACCGAGCCACUUGCCACGGCAUCAGCGCCGCCUCGGGGAAACUGGGUUCGAUCUUGGUCCAGGUCUUUUCGGCCUAUUACAAGUUCGGCUCGACGUCCCCCGGGGACGACCAGACGAAAAGGUACGGCACCAUCCUGGUCAUCUUCAGCGUCUGCAUGUUCCUGGGAGCCAUCGUCACGCACUUUUGGAUCCCCGACGUGCAGGAGAAGGCGGCCAGGGGUUCGGUGUGGGCCGGCGAGGCCAAACCCCUCGAGGACUUGGCCCUGGGCAGGUGCGGCGCGAGGAGCAUGUCGGUGGUCCGGUCCCAACCGUUGAGGGAUCUGGGACUUUGAAAGGAAACAUGCAAGCAAACGAUCUUUGGAAAACGUGUGUGGAUUUUCAAGUCGGGAUUCUUGUUCCGGAGACGCACUAUCGGCGACAUGACAGGGAUCUCGGAUACUGUACCUCCAUAUCUAGGUAGGUAUUGAACUGUAUAUAU